CCCACGGUAGGUGCGGGGCGCGGGAACGAUGGCGGCCAUGGCGGGCUCGGGGCCCGGGUGUCGGAGCUGGUGCUUGUGCCCCGAGGUGCCAUCCGCCACCUUCUUCACUGCGCUGCUGUCGUUGCUGGUGUCCGGGCCCCGCCUGUUCCUGCUGCAGCCACCUCUGGCGCCCUCGGGUCUCACGCUGAAGUCCGAGGCCCUGCGCAACUGGCAAGUUUACAGGCUGGUGACCUACAUCUUUGUCUAUGAGAAUCCAGUCUCGCUGCUCUGUGGUGCCAUCAUCAUCUGGCGCUUUGCUGGCAAUUUUGAGAGAACCGUGGGUACCGUCCGCCACUGCUUCUUCACCUUGAUCUUCGCCGUCUUCUCUGCUAUUAUCUUCCUGUCAUUUGAGGCUGUGUCAUCGCUGUCGAAGCUGGGAGAGGUGGAGGAUGCCAGAGGUUUCACCCCAGUGGCUUUUGCCAUGCUGGGAGUCACCACCGUCCGCUCUCGGAUGAGGCGGGCCCUGGUGUUUGGUGUGGUUGUGCCCUCAGUACUGGUGCCAUGGCUCCUGCUGGGCGCCUCUUGGCUCAUUCCCCAGACAUCUUUCCUCAGUAAUGUCUGUGGACUUUCAAUUGGGCUAGCAUAUGGCCUCACGUACUGCUAUUCCAUCGACCUCUCGGAGCGAGUCGCACUGAAGCUUGAUCAGACAUUCCCCUUCAGCCUGAUGAGGAGGAUAUCCAUGUUCAAGUACGUCUCAGGGUCUUCAGCUGAAAGAAGGGCAGCCCAGAGCCGGAAGCUGAACCCUGUGCCCGGCUCCUACCCCACGCAGAGCUGCCACCCUCACCUGUCCCCAAGCCACCCCGUCACCCAGAUGCAGCAUGCCAGUGGUCAGAAACCAGCCUCCUGCCCAGCCUGUGCUCCAGGGCACACACCCAGCCUGCCUCCAUACCAGCCUGCCUCCGGCCUGUGUUAUGUGCAGAAUCACUUUGGUCCGAACCCUAACUCCUCCAGUGUCUACCCAGCUUCUGCAGGCUCCUCCCUGGGGGUCCAGCCUCCUGCCCCUGUCAGCUGCCCUGGCACGGUGUAUUCUGGGGCCCUGGGCACUCCUGGGGCUGCAGGCUCAAAGGAGUCCUCAAGGGUCCCGAUGCCCUGAGAGAGAAUUUCUAGGGAAGUUCUCACAUCUUGGCCUUCUGAAGAAGGUCUUCUCUGAGCUAAGAUUUUCUUGACAAAAAAUUAUUUAUUGAACACCUUUAUGUGCCAGGCUCUGUGUUGAGUACUUUGAUAAAUGUCCCUAUUUCAAUCUCAUUUAUGCUCAUGACAGCUUUGUGAAGUACAGUUUAUUGUCCCCAGUUUACAGAUGCAGAAAGCGAGGCAUACUGUGGUUACAUGUGAGUCCCGUGCCCUGUAGUGGCACAGCUGGGGUUCUUAGCUCCAGGCCCAGGGCUCCUCCCAGAGGACAUGUGGGAGAAGAGGCCGUGCUGGUCAGUGGCCAUUUCCAACUCCACUAUCCCUUCCUGUCGUGUGUGCAGUGCUCUUGGUUAUAUAGUGUCCCUGUGUCUGUGUCUCUGCCCUUCGGGAGCUCCCAGCUGGUGUGCUUGGAAGUUUCCAGGCCUGUGCAGUGUAUCUCCCCUGCAGUCAUCCCCCCACCCAGACCCUUCUGCCCCAGAUGUGAUGAGAUGGGCCAGUGUGAACUGCACCAGCAUGCUGAUGGAUCCAUAGUGUUGACGGCUUUUG